AUGCUGUGGAAUUGGAAGAUCCUCGUUUCGCACGUGUGCUGCGCCAGCUUCCUUCUGUUCUGGAUUAUACUGGGCACGGCAGUGGUGGACGUGAUAGGGUCCCAGCAAGGGAUUCCUCUCUCAGUGGUGAAGUUAUGGGCCUCAGCGUUUGGUGGAGAAAUUAAAUCAAUUUCUGCAAAAUACUCUGGAUCCCAGCUGCUGCAGAAGAAAUAUAAAGAAUUGGAAAAGUCUGUCCGAGUGGAAGAAAUUGAUGGCAUGAAAGUGGUCAAAAAUCUAUCGAAGAAGAUGGAGGACAUGUUCCGGAAGAAAAAGGAGGCAAUUCGGAGGCUGGUGGAGGCAGCAGAAGAGGCACAUCUACAGCACGAGGAAAACCCAGAGCUGCAGUAUGAGUACUUCAACGCGGUGCUGAUCAACGAGGUGGAUGAGGAGGGCAACAACGUGGAGCUGGGAGGAGAGUUUGUCCUCGAACCCAAUGAACACUUCAACAACCUGUCAGUCAACCUCAGCCUCAGUGUGGUGCAGGUGCCCACCAACAUGUAUAACAAAGAUCCUGCCAUAGUGAAUGGGGUGUAUUGGUCAGAGGCCUUGAAUAAAGUGUUUGUGGAUAACUUUGAAAAAGAUCCGUCCCUGAUAUGGCAGUACUUUGGCAGUGCCAAGGGCUUCUUUAGGCAGUAUCCCGGGGUCAAAUGGCAUCCAGACGAACACGGGGUCAUCGCCUUUGACUGCAGGAACAGGAAAUGGUACAUCCAGGCAGCGACAUCUCCUAAAGACGUGGUGAUUCUAGUAGACGUGAGUGGCAGUAUGAAGGGCCUGAGACUGACCAUCGCCAGACAGACUGUCUCCUCUAUACUGGACACACUGGGAGAUGACGACUUCUUCAACAUCAUCGCUUACAAUCAAGAGAUUCACUAUGUGGAGCCUUGUCUGAAUGGUACACUGGUACGAGCAGACAGAAACAAUAAAGCUCAUUUUAGAGAACAUCUGGACAAGCUGUUUGCCAAAGGGAUUGGUCUGCUGGGUGAUGCUCUUACCGAAGCAUUCACCAUUCUAAAUGAUUUUAACCAGACUGGGCAUGGCAGUGUGUGUAGCCAGGCCAUCAUGCUUGUGACUGACGGGGCCACACAGAUGUACGACGAUGUUUUCGCCAAGUUCAACUGGCCAGACAGAAAGGUGCGCAUAUUCCCUUACCUGAUUGGCCGAGAGUCUGCCUUUGCUGAUAACAUGAAAUGGAUGGCCUGUGCUAAUAAAGGGUAUUUCAGUCAGAUCUCCACACUGGCUGAUGUACAGGAAAAUGUGAUGAGGUAUCUUCAUGUUAUGAGUCGUCCUAAAGUCAUCGAUCAUGAACAUGACACGGUCUGGACAGAGGCCUACAUGGACAGCACUGGGAGUAUCAUAUCCAGAAACAAGAAGGGCCCCAGCCUGAUGACCACUGUGGCCAUGCCUGUGUUCAGCACCAAGAACGAAACGAAGAACCAGGGUAUUCUCCUAGGGGUAGUGGGCACAGACAUUCCCCUACAGGAACUCAUGAAGAUCAUCCCUAAACACCUGCUGGGUAUCCACGGUUACGCGUUUGCCAUCACUAACAACGGCUACAUCCUGACCCAUCCAGACCUGAGGCCACUGUACCAGAAGGGCCAGAAGAGGAGGAAACCCAACUAUAGCAGUGUGGACCUGUCUGAGGUGGAGUGGGAGGACAAGGAUGACUUUCUGCGUAAUGCCAUGGUCAACAGGAAGACUGGGACUUUCUCCAUGGAAGUGAAGAAGACAGUGGACAAAGGGAAACGUCUCCUGAAGAUGCACAAUGACUACUACUACACUGAAGUCAAGGGAACUCCCUUCAGUGUCGGUGUGGCUUUGUCCAGAGGCCAUGGCAAAUUCUUCUUCAGAGGAAACGUCUCCGUAGAAGCAGGGCUUCAUGACCUGGAACAGCCAGAUGUUGCGCUGGCAGACGAAUGGACGUACUGCAACACAGACGAGCACUAUGAGCACCGUUCUCUCUCCCAGAUCCAGGCUAUUAAACUCUACCUGACCGGACGCAAACCACUCAUCAAAUGUGACAGGGAGCUGAUCCAGGAGGUUCUGUUUGAUGCUGUGGUCACAGCCCCACUGGAGGCCUAUUGGACAGGCCUGGCCCUCAACAAGUCAGAAAAUUCAGAUAAAGGUGUGGAGAUUGCUUACCUGGGCACACGCACUGGCCUCUCUAGAACCAACCUGUUUGUUGUCCAAGAGGAUCUAUCCAAUCAAGACUUCCUGACAGCGGAGGAUAAGGAGGGGGUGUUUAACGCUGACCACUUCCCCCUGUGGUAUAAAAGAGCAGCAGAGCAGGUCCCUGGCACAUUUGUCUACUCCAUCCCCUUUGGAGGAAAUGAGAAUAAGAGUGUGGUUUUGGCCAGCACCGCCAUACAGCUGCUGGAUGACAGGAAGUCACCCAUUGUUGCAUCCGUUGGGAUUCAAAUGAACUUGGAUUUCUUUCAGAGGAAGUUCUGGACCGCUAGCAGACAGUGUGCUGCUCUGGAUGGGAAGUGCAGCAUCAGCUGUGAUAAUGAGGACAUCAAGUGUUACCUCAUAGACAACAACGGCUUCAUUCUGGUCACAGAAGACUACUCUCAGACGGGGGAGUUCUUUGGCGAGGUGGAGGCUGCUGUUAUGACCAAGCUGCUCCUCAUUGGCUCCUUCAAGAGGAUCAAUCUGUAUGACUACCAGGCUCUCUGUAGAGAGUAUGCUGGCAGCAGUGACAGUGGACACUGUUUAUCACAUCCCUUCUCCAUUGUGAAAUGGCUCCUGACUGAACUAGUAAUUUUCCUCCUGGAAUUCAACCUGUACAGCUGGUGGCAUGUUGACCUCUCUGUCAAAGCCCAAAACUCGAGGGGAAAGACCAUGUUGGUGCCAUGUGAUACUGAGUACCCUGCCUUUGUCUCUGAGCGUACCAUCAAAGAGACCACGGGCAACAUUGACUGUGAGGGCUGUGUCAGAUCUUUUGUUAUUCAGCAGAUUCCCAGCAGUAACCUCUUCAUGGUUGUCGUGGACAACAAGUGUGACUGUAGCUCCACCCUUCCAGUUUCCAUGGACCCCAUUGAGAUUAUGUACAACGAAUCUCUGAAAUGUGAUAGGCUGAAGUUUCAGAAGGACAGGAAGCGACCAGAAUCAUGUCAUCCUUUCCACCCUGAGGAGAAUGCCAUGGAGUGUGGAGGAGCAGCAGGCCUGUCUGCCCCCCUCACAGCAGCACUGCUCCCCCUGCUGGCCACUCUCUUCACCAGAUGA